AAUUUUAUUUUUAUAUGUACACAUGAGACGGUAAUCGCUCCCGCUUUUCCUUUUUCUUUUGUUCUUAAAAAAAAAAGAACUGCUGAUUUUGAUCUGCGCUUUGCUUGGUCGAUUGUCAGGGUUUUCAUUUAUCUUCUUAGCUUUCAAAUUUUCAAAAUUUUUCUUUUUCUUUUUAUUUUUUUAAAAAUCUUUCUUUGCCGGGUUGAAGAGGUAGAAAAAGUGAAGGAACAGAAGUGUACGCAUUUUUUUUUUAAUUUUAGUUUUUUUUAAAAGAAAUUAUUUCAAAGAUUUGGAAGUUCAAAGUCGGGAGAUUGACAGAGAAAAAAAAUGUUAAGUUCUGGGAAUAGCUUAAGCCGAGGGACUGCAGGAUUGUCAUCAGAUAUGCCACCGUUGCCUCAGUGUUUGCCUUUGGAGCCGAUUACAUUAGGCAAUCAGAAAUAUACACGGUCUGGAGAAUUAAGUCGAGUUCUGGGUGUUCCUCUUCGAACUAGUACAGUGGAGGACCAUUCUUUUGGAGUUUCAAAUCCCAAACCUUCCCCUCCAGUGGCAACAGAGGAGCUUAAGAGCUUUAAGGAAAGUGUUCAAGAUGCCUCAAGAAAGGCCAGGGAUAGGGCAAAAAAGUUGCGAGAGUCAAUUUCUAAAUUGGAAAAGUAUAAAGAAUUCUUAAGCUCAAAGAAGCGACAACGAAGUGAUCUUUCGAGUGAGAGAACUAGUGGGGUAAGUAUUGCAAAGAUGGGAAGCCAGAUUCAUAGAAACGCCCAUGACAUAAUGAAUCGAAGAUUGGAGGAUAGGCCAAAAGGUGUGGGGCUCAACAAGCGCAUUCGAACAUCAGUUGCUGAUAUACGGGCUGAUAAUAGGACUGCUGUGAAUCCAAGGCAGCGGGGGAUAAUAGAAAAGGAUGGUGAUGUGCUUUCAGCUGUUAAUGUUGGUUCUGUUCGAAUUGAAGAAAAGAUCCGCAGAUUGCCGGGUGAAGGAUGGGAGACAAAGAUGAAAAGGAAAAGGUCUGUUGCAGCUGUAGGAAAUAGAGUUACUGGUGUUGAUCGAGAUUUAAAACGAGCUAUGCAACUGAAGAUGAGUUCUGAAUCAAAGUUGCGAUCAUGUGAUACACAGUGUUUCAGAUCAAAAUCUUCCCCAGGAGUUGGUGGAAUUAAUAGGUCAGAUGGUUCUUUUGAAGCUGCUGGUUCAGAUGCCAGUACAGUGCUUAGGAAUGAAUUGGAGAAUACCUCUAUUCCACGGGAUCGGGCAGCUAUCUUGGAGCAGAGGAUUGUAGUAAAAGCAAAUAAUAAGGCAACUCUCCAGGAUGACAACCAAGCAAAUGGCCCAAGUACAAUGCUAAAAGGAAAGGUGUCUAGGGCACCACGAACUGGUUCCAUCAUGGUGUUAGACUCAUCUUCUAAAGUUCACCUCUCAUCUGGAGCGUUGCAGGGUUGGGAUCAGCCAAAUCUAAAUAAGAUCCAAGCAUUAGGUGCUGGGAGCAAUCAGAAACGUUCAAUGUCUACAGGUUCAUCUUCACAUGCUAUGGCCCAGUGGGGUGGUCAGAGACCACAUAAAAACUCACGGACAAGGAGAGCAAAUUUAGUAUCCCCUAUCUCUAAUGCUGAAGCUCAGGUUUCAUCUCAAGGCUUUGCAACACCUGAUUUUGGUUCUAGGGCAUCUACCGGAACUGGUGGAUCACUGCUUGGCAGUGGUGUAGAUAAUGCUACUCCAAAAAUUAAGAGGGAACCUGAGAAUGUUUCUUCUCCAUUUGGGUUAUCUGAGAGUGAAGAAUCUGGGGCUGGAGAUAACAAAUCAAAAGAGAAAGGAAUUGAUAAUAAUGAGGUUAGUCUGCCAGCAUCUCAAACAGCUGUGGCUUUCUUAUUGCCCACUAGGAAGAACAAAAUGUCUACUAAUGAAAUUGGAGAUGGAGUCCGAAGGCAAGGAAGGACUGGAAGCACUGCACCACCAUUGACAAAACCAGGUGUUCAUCCUAUACGGGAGAAGUUGGAGAAUCUUACGACAACCAAGCCAAUUCAAAAUGCAAGAUCUGCUUCCGAUAAACAUAGAAGUAAAACAGGUCGUCCACCUUCCAAAAAGCUGAAAGAUCGAAAGGCCUCAACUCGUGUUGGGUCUAUGCUAAAUAAUGUUUCUUCAGAAUUCACAGGUGAAUCUGAUGAUGAUCGGGAUGAACUAUUUGCAGCUGCAACUUCUGCUCGUAAUGCUAGCAGUCUUGCUUGUUCUGGUCCUUUUUGGAAGAAAAUGGGAUCUAUUUUUAAUUCUGUCAGCUCAGAGGACACAUCAUACCUUAGGCAACAGCUAAAUUUGGUAGAGGAGCUCGAUGAGAGUUUGUCUCAAAUGUAUGGAGAUGGAUGCAAUGUUUUGGGUGGUGUGCUGCAGAAGGAUGCUUCCAAUUCUGUUGAAGAAAUGGCCAAAACUAAUGCUGCUAGUGAAGUAUUUGAUAUAAAAAAGUUUGACAAGGUUACUCCUUUAUGCCAAAGAGUUCUUUCUGCUUUGAUUGAUGAAGAUGAAAGUGAAGAAAUUUACCACCAUAAUGAAAUGAAGAAUAUGUCCCUUCACUAUGCAAGUGAUGAUUCCCAUUGUGGUUCAUGCAACCAGAUGGAUGUUGAAUCUAAAGAUAGGGACAGGAUGGAAUCUGAAGUUGAGUCAAAUGCAGAUUUUCAAUAUCAGAAGAACACUCUGUUAGACAGACUCUCAUGUGAUGUGAGUGUUGCAUCUAACACAUAUAGGAACUGCAGUAUGUCUAAUUCAUUACAUAGUAGUGAACGGUGGUUGGGAGAUGAUGAUUUUUCACAUUCGGAUAUGGGGCUUCUGAGUGAAAUAUGUUCAACCGACCUGGGUCAGCUCCAACCUAAGGAAAUAAAUGUUUCUAGCAUUUCUUCUUUGGACUGCCAAUAUCAGUUUAUGUGUAUGGAUGACAAGCUUUUGCUGGAGUUACAUAGUAUUGGUCUUUAUCCAGAGAUUUUGCCUGAUUUGGCAGAGGGAGAGGAAGCAAUAAAUCAAAGUGUUAUUGAACUUAAUGAACUUCUUUAUCAACAGAUUCAGAAAAAGAAGAAAAAGUUGGGGAAGAUUGACAAAGCCAUUAAGAAUGGGAGAGAUGUGGACAGAAGGAACAUCGAGUAUGUUGCAAUGGACCAAUUACUCCAGAUGGCUUACAGAAAACGUUUGGCAUUUCGGGGGAGUAAUUCAUCGAAAAGUGCAGUUCGUAAGGUUUCGAAACAAGUUGCAUUGGCUUUUGUCAGGCGAACUCUUGAUAGAUGUCGAAAAUAUGAACAGACAGGCAGUAGUUGCUUUAACGAACCUGCAUUGCAAGAUGUCAUGUUUUCUGUACCUCCAUGCGGCAAUGAAGCAAAAUCUGUUGAUUGUAUAGGCUCUGGAACUGCUAGUAAUACUUGUAAUGAAACUUCCAACCAUCAAGCAGAAGCCAGGGGCUCAGGUGCUGUUUGUGGUACUUUUGAGAGGUAUGAUUCUUCGGACGCUCUUCCAGCCAUUCACUCAUCUGAGCAUGCUGUUUCUAAGUAUGGAUCUAUGUCGAACGAAGGGAGGAAGAGGGAAGUACUGAUAGACGAUGUUGUUGGUAGUGCCUCUUCUAGGGUAACAUCAACUCUUGAUGGCACCGUUGGAGUAAGGGGAAAGAGAACCGAAAGAGAUAGGGAGCAAAGCAGAGAUAAUUUAAGAAAUACUAAUUCUGUAUCUGGGGCUGGUCGGACUUCAUUAGGCAGUUUCGAGGGUGAUCUGAAAACGAAAGCAAAGCCCAAGCAAAAGAGUAAUCAUUUAUCAACUUCAGGAAAUGGAUUCAAUGGCAAGCUUACAGAGACUUUGCUACCUGCUUGUGGAUCUAGUCAGCCUUCGUCUAAUCCUGGCAAGAUGACUGAAAGAGAUCGGAAUUCAACUAAACAAGCAGAUGAACCCAUUGAUUUUGCAAACUUGCAACUAAACGAGUUAGAUACAAUGGAAGAAUUGGGUGUUUCCAAUGACCUUGGUGGGCCCCAAGAUCUGAGUUCCUGGCUAAACUUUGAUGAGGAUGGGUUGCUAGACCAUGAUUCAGUAGGUUUAGAAAUUCCAAUGGAUGACCUCUCGGAUUUGAAAUUUGCAUUUUGAUUUCUUGCCCUCUGCAGUUUCUAGUUAGGUUAUUAAUUCUUAUCUGAUGCAAAUCUGAUUCAGAGAAGUGUAAUUAUGAUUUAUUUUCCGUGUAUAUCAAAUGUAUGUGAUUGAAGAAUUUUGGGUGUUUGAUCCAGUUAAAUUUACUACUACAAAUUAUUUCACUUCCCUUCGUCCAUGUGCAUCCGUUUCUCUUUUUUAUUUUUUGGUUAAAUAUCAGCACAUAAAUACCUUAACGAGCUUGCUACUGUGAUUUUGAAGAAGGUAUCUAGCCAAAAAACAAUCUGUGUAGCUCCCCAUCUGGUUUAGCCAGUUUUUCCCAUAAAAUGCAGUCAAUGUCAUGAUUAAAA